AUGUCUGCAAACGGGCCAAAGCCACCACCCAUUCGGGCGUGCCUGUUUGAUAUGGAUGGACUGCUUAUAGAUUCCGAGGACAUGUAUACGAUAUGUACGAAUGCCGUAUUGCAAGAAUACGGCCGCCCGCUCCUCCCAUGGUCCAUCAAAGCGCAACUUCAAGGCCGUCCGGGACCCGAAGCAGGCAAAAUCUUCCAGGAAUGGGCUCAACUUCCCAUCUCACGUGAAGUGUUCCAAAGCAAGGUCUCUGCUCUCCAAGCGCAACACUUCCCAAACUGUAAACCACUUCCUGGCGUCGAAACCCUCCUACAAACACUCGCCAAACGGACAGAGCCCCCAGUGGCAAUAGCACUAGCGACGAGCAGCCAUGCCGGGAACUUCAAGAUCAAGACCGAACACCAGAAGGAAGUCUUUACUGUAUUUGAAGAGGAACAUAGAGUCCUUGGCGAUGACAAGAGGAUACCGCCUGGACGCGGCAAGCCCGCCCCGGACAUCUAUCUUCUUGCUCUGGAGACCAUCAAUGCUCGUCUACGCCGUGAGGGAAAGCAGGAGGUUACUCCCGCAGAAGCUUUGGUCUUUGAGGACAGUGUGCCGGGGGUUGAGGCUGGAAGGAGAGCAGGUAUGCAAGUCGUCUGGUGUCCGCAUCCUGAGCUCCUGAAUGAGAUGAGUGGCAAGGAGGACAAGAUCUUGGCUGGACUUAUGAGCGAACAUAAGGAAGCUGAGGAGAAAAACGCUGAGCUGGGCGUAGUGAAGCAUGACGGUUCGGGACAAAGAAAGGGUGCGCCAGGGGCGAUCGGUGAUGGGUGGGCUCGUUUGUACCACUCACUUGAAAACUUCCCAUAUCAGGACUAUGGUAUCAAGGUGUGA